GCUUUAAAUAGGAGCACCUGUUUCUAACCCGUUAACUUGAGGAUUUGUUGGCGUUAAAGUGAUUAUCUUGAGCAGAGGACAUGAAAUCGUCAACUCAGGGAACAAGCGCCUUGCCAAGUGGACUCGGAGUAUUUACAACUCUGCCUGAUAUAUUCUUUAUCCCGGAACUUGUUUUCGGUGGACUAGUAUGGAUUUUGGUGGCAUCAACAAAGGUGCUUCUUGAAAACCCUCAAGGAUGGGUGAUGUUUGUGUCUGUGUUCUGCUUUGUCUUCACAUUUCUCUGGUUUCUACUCUUCAUGAUCGGAGUGAAUCAGAGCAGUCCUGCGUGGGCUUCGGUUGAUGUGGCUUAUCAUGGAGUUGCAGCUUUAUUUUACCUGAGUGCUUCCGUUGCACAGUCCUUUGCUACGAUAGCGUUGCAGGAUGAUUCGUUUAACUUUAAGUCUUACCAAGAGGACAUCGCUGCAGUAGUAUUUUCCUACAUUGCCACCCUGCUCUAUGUGAUCCACGUCAUGUUUUCUGCGUUCAGAUGGAAAGCUUCAUAAGUACAAGUGGGGGGGGGGGGGGGGGAUUUCACACUUAAAGGGUUUUUUGUUUUUACUCAUAAGGGCUUGCAUUAAUUCAAGGUUUGUUUACACACUUGGAGCUAGAGUUUAUAACAGUAUGAUGGCUCCUCCAUUGAUCUAAUUCAAACCAAAGUCUUAUUGUGAACCAAAUUCAAUAUAACAUGGAAGAUGCUUCCACCAGCUGUCUGUGUACUGUAUACAUUAUCUUUCUGUAUUUGAAAUUGUAUUACAGAAUUUAUGUAUAGUAGUGUGCACAGGGAUUUAAGUUUUUUCUUUUUUUUUUUUUUUUUUUUUUUUUUUUCUCUAAACAUGAACAAUAAGACCACAUCAAAACAAGUCCUGUAGAUUAACCAUUUUGGGUUGUCGGAAGGCAACAUUUUAACAGGGGUACACGACCUGUCUUGAGAGGGGCCACCCUUUAGUUUGAUUUGUCUUUUUCUACAGCAGCAUUGCAAAGUAGACAACUGGCUUUAUUGCCAUAUUUUAAAUUGUUAAUGAGCACAUAUUUGUAAUUUGAAGUGUUGAUUUAAAGGCUUUAAAUGUCAUACUGAUGCAUUUGUUGUGUUCAAAAUGUGUGUAUUAUAAUGUGUGUGGUUUGUCAAACAAUAAAUGUAUUUCCUAAAAAUGUAAUUGUGUGUAAGUUUGAAGCCCAACAUUCUUGUUUUAGACACUUGGAUUGCUAGUUGCAAAGAAGGGUAUGGCUAUGAGAUCUUCACUGCAGUAACAGUGCUACCCUUCUAUAACACUGUAGUUGGUGUCCAUAGUUACAAGAAUAUACUUUGAGAGCCUAAACCAUGCUUGUUCUGCUUUCCUUAAUAUAUAAAAGGAGAGCAAUGUAACUAAAUAGUUGAGGUAACUGAGUCAAGUAUA